AUGACUCGAAGAAUUGUUCGAACAGCCGCUCAGCUCGCUGGCGCUGCCAUUUUCACCUUUCUAGUUAUCGCCUUUCUCGACCGUAAUUAUCGUGUCCUCCCCAAUUCGAUCCAUAGUUAUAUGCCCUCCCAUCACCCCGGACUGGUCGUCACCGAUGUCACAAUAGUCACUUGCUCAAGCGUUAACCCUUUCUCCUCAUGCGACCUCGGCAAAGAAUGGCACCGAAUCGAUAAGGAGCUCUAUCUCGGCAAGACGUGGACAACGAGCGCAUACAUGUACAUCAUGCGAAAGCAUGAGGGGGAUCUCACUGCGGACGAUCGUGUUGUUGUGGAUGUUGCGGUCGGCAGGCUCCAACCUCAACCCAAGGGAGAAACGGACGACUCAUGGGAAUCUCGUCCAUCAGGUAUCUGGAUCAAGCGCUCAGCCAAGAAGAAAGCCAGCGAUUCGAAGCAGGCGGUAACGGAUCUUGAUGUUCUUUUCGGAGAUGAUGCUGUUGAGGCCAGAGAUGGAUAUGCUGUGACGGGAACACCUUUGCUCCUCAAUACCGGUGGCAGUCUUCUCUCUGUCCAGCUGACCGUGCGCCGAGGUCCUCCACGAGAGGUCAAGAAGCCAACGCCCAGGAUCAACAGUGAUGGUCGAUACAAGAUUAUGCAGAUCGGUGAUCUGCAUCUCAGUACAGGAGUUGGCGUUUGUCGCGAGGCAGUUCCUGAUUCUUACAACGGCGGUAAAUGCGAGGCCGAUCCCAGGACACUGGAGUUUGUUAGCCGAGUCCUUGACGACGAGAAGCCCGAUCUGGUAAUAUUGAGUGGCGACCAAGUCAACGGUGACACAGCACCAGAUGCACCUACUGCCAUGUUCAAGAUCAUCUCGCUCCUGAUUGAGCGAAAGAUUCCUUACGCUGCCAUUUUCGGUAACCACGACGACGAACAGACCAUGUCUCGUGAGGCACAGAUGGCCAUUAUGGAGACUCUUCCUUAUUCUCUCUCCAUUGCUGGGCCAGCUGAUAUCGAUGGUGUUGGGAAUUACUACAUCGAAGUCCUGGCCCGUGGAAAGACUGAUCAUUCUGCUCUAACCAUCUAUCUUCUCGAUACACACGCCUACUCGCCCGACGAGCGCAACUUUCCUGGUUAUGAUUGGGUUAAGCCUAACCAAAUAGAAUGGUUCAAGAAGACUGCUGCUGGUCUCAAGAAGAAUCACAACGAGUACACCGGCCGCCACAUGGACAUCGCUUUCAUUCAUAUUCCCUUGACAGAGUAUGCUAACCCGGAACUACCCCGUGUUGGUGACUGGAAAGAAGGAGUCACUGCCCCAAUAUACAACUCUGGUUUCCGCAAUGCCCUUGUAGAGCAGGGUGUCCUUAUGGUCAGUGCAGGACAUGAUCACUGCAAUGACUACUGCUCCCUAUCUCUGAUGGGUGAAGGCGAGACCAAGGUCCCAGCCAUGUGGAUGUGCUACGCUGGUGGUUCUGGCUUCGGCGGUUACGCUGGUUACGGUGGUUACCAUCGCCGAGUACGCUUGUUUGAAGUCGACACAAACGAGGCUCGUAUCAAGACUUGGAAACGUCUUGAAUACGGAGACAUUGCUGCCCGUAUACACCAACAGAUUAUUGUCGAUGGCGGUAAACCUCAACCUAUCACUCCUAUUUCAUGA